AUGGCCGCCUCACAGACUCUCAUAGACCUUGCUCAGACGCAGCGUGCUCUGGUUGCCCAAUAUCUCACCUCCCUCGCUCCAAACGCCGACAACGACUCUACAAGCCAACUUCCACCAAACCCGCCAAAUCCAUUGCAUGUUCUCCGUGACAGUGCCACCCUCCUCAAGGCCCAUACCACCAAGCUCGCUCUCCUCCUGAUCAACAAGCCCUUUACUCCCACCGCUGUCACCACCGUCCUCCGCGAUGCCACUCAGACCUGUUUACCCGCCAUGAUGAGCGCUGUAGAGCUCUGUCGCCCUGACAUCUGGGGCGUCUUCUUGCACCAUCAGGUUGUUGCAAAGGUCCGCACUGUCAUGCGCGAGAUGGUCUCUUUCCUGGAAGAAGUCCUCGAUGUUGCUAGACAAGUGGAUACCGCAAACCACUCCAAAGAUACCCUUGCUUCUACUGGUGUGCUCUGGGAAGCCUGUGAUGCUUUAGUUCAGUUGGACAGUACUGGAAUCGCUGGUCUGGCUGUCUUGAAAGCUCAAGAGUUGCGAGACACCAUCAACGACGCUAUCGAAGAGCUCAAAGAGUGGGAAGAAGGGGACGGAGACGACGACGACGAAGACGAUGAUGAUGAGGACGAUGACGACGCAGACUCUACCACCAGCGACGAUAAGGAAGAAAGAGACGACCAGGACGAGUUUGACGACAUGUUCUCCGCCGCAAACAGACUUCCCAAGGACCGUACAGAUCUGAAAGAACGUCUACAAACCGCCGCCGACAAGCUGAAAAAGAUACAAUUCCUCUAUGCCGCAAUCACAAAACGCAGACUCAAGACGUUUACACCGGAUAUCGCUGCCAGAAAGGUCAACAUCCUCACUCUGGACAAGCUCAUGCAUCUGCUCAAGGAACUGCCCGAAUCCGUCGAUGAUCUUGCAAACGCCUUUUACGAACUCGACGCCGAUCAAGUCGACACCAUCCUCGCCAGCUGUGUCGCCAACGCAUGCUCAGCAGCUGACCUCCUAAAAACUGAUUGGAACGGCAAAGACGACGAAUUCACAGCAUGGGUCACAAAGUGGACUUCAAUCGUCAAAUAA